ACCAGUAGUGCUGUCACAAGUUUUCAAAAGAGUCAUUGCUAUACUGCACCAGAAAACACCCGUCACAUCCCUCCACAGCAUUUUCCCUCUGAUCUAUCGCUUCAAACUGAUCUUCUUCUCCUAGUAUCUCCUCCUCCCACGCUCCAAAAGCAGGACCAUGAAUACUUGAUCACCGUCGUAAGCUUUCGUCACUCCCACUUGCUGCGAUCUCUCUUCGCCGUCGAUCUGCCGCUGGGUCAAGACGCGUCGGAGACUGCAGCGAGAGGACUUCAAUGUACAAGGACACCGUGGGCUGAGAUAACAAGAACACUUACAAUGUCACCUCGAUUUCUGCUGGCUAUCAUUUCUCUCCUAGCUGUCUCUACAGCCCAAGAUGCAGUCUACCUGCCCUAUCUUGACCUGAGUGACACGGGAGUGGAGAGCAUUCAGCUGCCACAGUUGGACGAUGGUAUCUCUGAACAGAUUGUCAUUCCCGACGGAAUUCCCUUUGGAAACAGCCACCCUCUGGCAGUCUGGAUUGCAAACAAUGGGAUAUUCUCAUUCAACGAGGAGUAUGCCCAUUGGUCUCCAGAGCUAUUCCCUGGGACUUCCUCCAGUGUUGUAAACGGGUACCUUGUGACUCCGUUCUGGGACGACGUGGACAUCAGUCGUCCUGACGGUGGCUCCAUCUACUACCAAGUCCAUGAUGCAGCGGGGAACAACUCUGGGUCGAUCGCCCUGCUGGGACAAGUGAACGACUUCAUCCAGGCGUCAGUUGAAAAUAGCAGUUUCAGCGGAGUCUGGAUGCUGGUGGCUAUGUGGGAUCAAGUUCUUCCCUAUUUCGGUUUCUCCGAUGAUGAUGAUGUUGACGAGAUGAACAGCUUCCAAGCCAUCAUCGUAACCGACCACACCAAUCAAACCUAUGCCGUCUUCACGUACAAGUGUGGAGAUCUCAACUGGGCCAGGACGCCAACCAUUGGCUUCAAUGCCGCCAGUCUGUUCUACGAGAACUAUGAACUCUCUGGCAGCCCAAAUGCUGAAAGCAUGGACUGUACAAAUGGUCCUGGCAGCGAGUAUUUCAAUCUGAUGUAUAAUAUCACUGCCGGGGACUUUAUCCCUCCACCUCCUCUGCCUACUAGCGAACCACCUCAAGCCAGCUACCUGGAGUGGGUGGAGGAGACAGGAGUCGUCAAUGCUGGGCAGAUAGAGGCUUGCGAUGACUGUAGCUCAGAGGAGAUCCCCCUUCCCAACCCAUUCCCCUUUGGAAACUACUACCACAACUCAGUCUAUAUGUCAACAAAUGGAAUUAUUUCGUUUGGAGUCGAAUUCCCUCACUUCUCUCCCUCCUACUUCCCCACUGUGAGUGCCUCUACCUACUUUGACUACGCAGUGGCUCCUUACUGGGCCGACCACGAUGCCCGUCUCCACGGCACCGUGUCCUGGGAACAGUACAGUACAGAGGAGAGCACGGAAACCGAUGACAUCAUUGCUAGGGUCAACGAGUUCAUAAACACAAACACGGAGGAGACAAAUUUUGCGGGGAAUUUCGUGUUUGUCGGGAACUGGAGGGAGAUGCAUCCAUAUCCCGCUGGUGCAAGUCAGCUGCAGGCCGCACCUUUCUUGGACAUGAACAACACGUAUCAAGCAGUGUUGGUUACAGACGGGGAUACGAAAUCCUAUGCCAUCUUCACCUACAAGUGUGGCUCUCUGGGCUGGUCUGAAGAGGCCAUCGUAGGAUACAAUGCCGCAGGAGACUACUAUAUGAACCACCCAUUGAGUGGUCUCUACCUCACGCAGUCUAUAGCGUGUGUACACACCGACUCAGUCUGGAACAACGUGAUUUAUGACCUGGUGCCUAAUCCUGCGUUGCUUACGACCGAUCCUACGCCGGAACCGCUGCUAACAAUUGGUACGUGUACCGCAGCAGGGUUUGAGUCGUGUUGCGCGGUGGGUGUGGGCCAGCCUUGUCUGGGUAAUCCUCAAGACUGCUACUGUGACGUCGACUGCUUUCUCUUUGGUGACUGCUGCAGCGACAUCGACGACAUCUGCACAUUUGAUUCUUUUUCAGAGGGAGACUACCUUUUGUUUGCCAGUCAUUCCACCAUCAAUCAUGUCAACCUGAACGGAGAAAACUUCAACAUUUUCAUUAGCCAGCUUUCAGGAGGAGCCUAUGGGAUCAACUUCCACCACAGUGCUGGGUAUAUGUACUGGACAGACUACAUUGAGGAUGUCGUGUACAGAGCUAAUCUGACUACCGGGGAAGAUAGAGUGGCCAUUGUUACUGAACAUCUUCCUGAACCAGAGGACCUGGCAGUUGACUGGGUGAGCAACAAGCUCUACUGGAUCGACGCACUCUGGGCCAGGAUUGAGGUGAUGGACAUUGCCACCGAGAGACGAGCAGAACUCAUUCGAACCAGCAACCACUCCAUCCCCAGAGGACUUGCUAUCGACCCCAUUGCACACUACAUGUUUUGGACGGACUGGGGCACACCGUCUCUCAUCGAGCGCUCCUCAAUGGACGGAAAAGGGAGAAUAGUUCUGUUCUCCAACGAUAUCCUGCAACCGCUCGGAAUAGCCUGCGACUACAGCAGCCAGAGGAUCUACUGGAGUGAUGCCGGGCUGUCAACCAUCUCCUACGCUUUCUACAACGGGACAGGGAGGAGUGUACUGGUGGGGGCUCAGCAACGUGUCGCUAUACCGUUUGAUCUGACUCUGUAUGAAGAUCUCCUCUACUGGACAGACUGGUUCAACAACACAGUGUAUGGGACGCACAAGAUCCACGGAACUGAUCCGCUCGGUAAUUUCACAGACAUUAUUGUGAUCUACGAAGGUCUUCCCGUGAAUCCCAAUGGCAUAGAGGCUGUCAGUCCUCUCCGGCAACCUGAAGGAGACAACCUGUGUGUGGCUAACAAUUGCGAGCACAUCUGUCUGCUCAGUUCAGUCGAGGCACAGGGAUGGUCGUGUGUAUGUGAGACUGGUUACAUUCUCAACGAAGACCAAACUACCUGCUCCGUUGAUCCAAAUCCUACUGUUGAACCUACCAAUAAUGGGUCAUGCCAGGCAUCAGGCUACACUGAUUGUUGUGAGGUGGGGUACUGCGGUGGUUACCCUGGCAACUGCUUCUGCGACAUCAACUGCCACGGCCGAGGAGACUGCUGCAAUGACACCAGCUCCACCUGUCCUGAAGUCCCCGGGUCAUGUGUGGAAGCUGGGUACGACACUUGCUGCACCGACGGCUUCUGUGCGGGGUUCCCCGAGUCAGCCAACUGCUACUGUGACGAUGUCUGUCUGGCAUUCGGUGACUGCUGUGACGACUUCGAAGACAUUUGCCCAGGAGGAACGCCCACCACACCCCCAGACUCAUUUGGUUCUUGUGUGGAGGCUGGCUAUACCGAAUGCUGUGCAGAUCAGGAUGGAGAUUGCGCUGGCAGUGAUCCGUUUGACUGCUACUGCGAUGUCUUCUGCUACUAUCUCGACGAUUGCUGCACAGAUAUUGACGAUAUCUGUGAACAACAUAUCUUCAUAGGGACGGAGUACCUGUUGUUUGCCAACCAUUUCUUCAUCAACAGAGCCAAUUACGAUGGAAGCGGUCUCUCGGUACUUCUGACCUUACCAACUGGAGGGGCUGUCGGCGUGCAGUUCCACUAUGCCCAGAACAAGAUGUACUACAGUGACUUUGUCGAAAACCGCAUCUACUCCGCAUCGCUGGACACCGGAGGAGACGUGGAAGUGCUUCUCGACGACAAUGUUGAAGUUCCAGAGGACCUAGCAGUUGACUGGGUGGCCAACAACCUCUACUGGACCGACUCGUUCUGGGCCCGCAUCGAAGUAAUGGACCUGGACACCACGGAGAGGGCCGAACUGGUCAGAACUGGGAACCACUCCAUUCCCAGAGCUAUUGUGGUUGAUCCUAUGACCAGGUACAUGUAUUGGACUGACUGGGGAGAGGUGGCCAAGAUUGAGAAAGCGGGGAUGGACGGGCUGGGACGAACAGUCAUCAUUGACACAGAGCUCAUCUGGCCCAACGGACUUGCUCUUGACUACGACACGCAAAUCCUGUACUGGGCAGACGCCAACCUCGACAAGAUCGAGUAUGCCUCAGUCGAUGGAAGUGGACGGACACUUCUAGAAACGGGCGAAACUGGUCUUCUUCAUCCGUACGCCCUCACGAUCCACGGCGACCUCCUCUAUUGGACAGACUGGCAGAACAACUCUGUUUUUGCCACGCACAAGAUCAACGGAGUUGGUGUUGGUGGCGAUAUUGCGAGCAUCGUCAGCUACCUGGUGGUUAAUCCGAAUGGUAUUGAGGCUGUUGGCCCCAACAAACAACCCUCGGCUGAGAACCCCUGUGAGGAGAACAACUGUACUCAUCUGUGUCUGCUGAGUGUGACCGAUCCCAGAGGCUACUCUUGUGCCUGUCCUCUUGGUUACGAACUGGAUGGGACUGGCCUCGACUGCUUCAUGAGUCCCACUUCAACUCCUCUGCCUGAAUUUGGUUCCUGCGUGAGUGCUGGGUACACAGUCUGUUGUGUCACGGGCUACUGUGCUGGUUACCCGGCCAACUGCUUCUGCGACAGAGACUGUCACGCACGUGGCGACUGCUGCUUCGACACUCCUGAUCUCUGUGAAGACUAUGACAGCUAUCUGAUCUUUGCCAACCACUUCUUCAUCAACCGCUGCAAUCUCGAUGGCAGUAGUCUGGUCACUCUCCUGAUCCGACAGUCUGGUGGAGCAGCAGGGAUCGAGUAUGACCUAGCUCCAGGGCAGGAGAAGCUGUUCUACACUGAUUAUGUCACUAACCAGAUCCUAAUGGCUCAUCUCAACGGCACAGAGAGCACGCCCAUCAUGGAAGAUGACCUUGAAGUCCCAGAGGGCCUGGCGUACGACUGGAUUGGUCACAAUCUCUACUGGACCGACUCGUUCUGGGCCCGAAUCGAGGUCAUGGACCUCAACACCACGGAGCGUGGUGAAGUGCUGAGGGUCGGGGCAAACACGGUCCCCCGAGGAAUCGCCGUCGAUCCCAUUAACAGGGUGCUGUAUUGGACGGACUGGGGUCAGGUAGCAAAGAUAGAAAAGGCCUCAAUGGACGGGCAAAACAGAGUCGAGCUGAUCAACACAGACCUAGUGGGCCCCUAUGGACUCACCAUUGAUUACGCCGAGCAGAAAAUCUACUGGACCGACGGAGUCCUGGACAAGAUAGAGUACUGUAACACGGACGGAAGUGGCAGAAUAACCCUCAUAAGUUCCCCGGGGGGGCUCGGUUUUGGAGUCCCGUACUCGCUGACUCUUGAGGGAGAUUAUCUCUACUGGUCUGAAUGGGACCAGAACUCAUUGUUCAGUAUUCACAAGACGGAAGGAGGGAACGUCACGCAGAUUUUGAGCGGUUUGGUUGUCAACCCAAAUGGGAUUCAGACCGUCAGUGCCGGUAGACGUAUCUUCGGUGAGAACCCAUGUGCCUCCAAUGACUGUACUCACCUCUGUCUCCUGAGCAGUGUCAGUAGCACUGGGUACUCCUGUACGUGUCCUCUCGGUACCAGACUGGACUCUGACGGCAUCUCCUGCGUUGACGACCCAACUUCUAUACCAGAGUUCGGUUCAUGUAAUCACUAUCAGGACUGCUGUGAGGCUGGCUACUGUGCCGGUUACCCUCCCAACUGCUUCUGUGACCAUGACUGCCACUCUCGAGGGGACUGCUGCGCUGAUGUGGGCAGAAUCUGCCCUGAAUUUGAAGGUUCGUGCAGAGAUGCCAACUACACCGACUGUUGCACAGCUGGACUGUGUAUUGGGGAGCCAGACGUCACAAACUGCUACUGCGACAUCACCUGUCUCGACUACGGAGACUGCUGCUCUGACUUCUUCGAGAUUUGCUCAGAUGCUACCCCAACUCCGACAGUCACUGUCCCGACCUCUACUACCACUUCUAUGUCAUCUUCUACGUCAACUUCAAUGCCAUCUUCUUCUACCACUACCACCAGUAUCUCUAGCUCGUCCACUAGCUCAACUGCAACGAGUCAACCGUCACCAACUCCAAGGCCAUACCUCUUUCAAGUUCAAUUCCUUGGCCUCGAUGAUUGUUCGGAAUGGAUUGCUGAAUCUAAAUCGAGCAAGAUUGACAAUAUCACGGCCACUAUAACCAAAGCAGCACAGAUGGCGUGCAACUGUCAGGUUGCCAUAGUUCCAAACUCGGAGAGCCUCGUUUGCGACGCGGGCGGCGAUAAAACAACCGUCAUCUUCUAUGCCUAUGCCUCUGACAAAACAACAAUCGAUGCCAUCACGAUGUGGACCAAAAACGCGGACGAAAUUGACGUUUCCGGAACGAAACUACUCGUCAACAAAGACUGCCCCGUCGAAAUCGAGAUGAAGGACAACGCGAGGUGUAAGCCGCCGACCUCAGGGCAGCAGAGUGGCAGCAGUAACUCGGCAGCAGUGGCAGUCCCUGUCGUCAUAAUCGCAAUUGUCCUGGGGGCCGUUGUUCUGGUGCUGGUGGUUCUGUUCCUAUUCUGGAGGAAAAGGACUGGAAAAUUGUUCAGGAGAGGAGGUGAUGACGAUGAGACACACAUGAUCUACGACACUGGUAGUGAGACUGUGUCCCUCGCUGGUACCGGAGCCGAACUGACUUCCGUGAAGAAAGAGGCUCUGGCCUUUGACGAAAAGAUGAUUGAUCUCUCGGCUGAUUCAUCUUCCGGCAUGCGACACCUUCAGAAUCCCAUCUACGCCACCUCGCAGUUCACCGCAGCUACCAAACUGCACGAUGAUCGCACACUCUACAACCCCGUGUACGAAGCUGUUGCUGCUGAGAAGAAACCAGACGACGGUGGCGACGAUCUCCCGGAAAAGGUCAUGCCGUCUCCCGAAGAUUUCCUCGCUCCGGAUGACCCCAAACUGCUUGUUGCCACGACUACCGCGACCGGGACCACAACGGUCCAUGCCAACGGGGAAAAGUACGAACCGGCCGCUCCGGUACCGAUAGAGGUCGAAGACGAGCCGCAGUAUGCCACUGUUAUACCGAAACACAAGCGAGCCACGGCAAAACCGUUUGCAGCAGAUGAGGACGAGUCAGAUGGCGACUGAAGUGACUCCCGAAAAAAUGUGACCUAUAACAAUUAAUUAAUAUCAUAGCACUGUAGCUAUUGUGUCACUUUCAUAUCUUUAAACCUUUGUUGUAUCAAUAUUGUAUUUUUUACUUCCAAAUGUGCUUGUUUUGUGUUUUGUGUAUAUACAGUGCUAAUUUUUGGUGUUUUACCCCACAAUGUGUUGUUGUAAGACUCUUAGCUGUGUAUUACCUGAUGCCACCCUAAAAGGUA